AUGCAGCAGGCGCAACAACAGCAACAGCAGCAGCAGGCGCAACAACAACAGCAACACCAGCUGUCGUCGCCGAGCCCCUACUCGAACGCGCCCUAUGCGCAGACGAUGCCCUCGCCUGCCCACCACCAGUUUGCCCAGAACCGCCAGACGGCCUCCCCUGCCAGCACCACUGGCCAGGCACCCUAUGCGACACCGCAGCCACAGCCCUCGCCCAGCAGCAUGCAGACCAACGGCCAGCAGACCCCCAUGAACCUCCAGUUGCCCGUCAAGGCGGAGCCGCCCCAGGUCCAGACGCCCGUGAAGCAGGUGCCCCCGUCGCCAGUGUCGCCCGCCAACCCGGCGCGUAAUGCAGACCGCGUCGCAACCCUCCUCGACAUCAACAGCAUCCUCAUCAAAGAAGUCUGCGAGCUCCAGACGCAGGGCAAGGCAGGCCAAGUCGGGCCCACGCCAGAAGGGAAGCCCGAAGGCGACAAGCCGCAGCCAUCCAAGGAGUACGUAGACUACAUGCGCCGCCUCCAGGCAAACCUCGCGUACCUCGCGCAGAAUGCGGAGAAGGUGCCCAAGCCUGGACAACAAAUACAACCGGGGCCCGCCAUCAUGUCGAUACCCGCCUCACCCGCCGAGCUCGUCAAGCUAUAUACCAAGCUGCAGGAGCUAUUCCCAGGAUGGAAGGGGCAAACUCCUCAAAUGAAGCAGUCGCCCGGGCCGCAACGGAUGAACUCGAAUGCGUCACAACCACCGAAUAGUGCAGGCCUACAGCAAAAUUGGGGGCAGAAUGCGAUGCAGCAAGGCAUGCAUCAAUCACAGCAACAACAACAAACGAAGCAGGAGAACCAAUAA